AUGGCCGGUGAACCCGAGAGCCCGAACAACCAGAUCCUCAAGGUGGCCGACACAGUCAUGACCCCGCCGAGGAAGCUCCGACAACUGACGUCGCCGCCGAAGAUCAACCAGACACGCCCCGUGUACCCGAUGCGCAUCGGUCCCCUGAUGCCCUCAUUCGACGACUGGGGCGACGAGGAGCCCGAGGACGCGCAGCCCGUUAAGCCCUGGUCGCGAUCAGCAUGA